AGGUCAUGCUGACCUCCUGUAGUUGCUUCUUGUAGCACUCAGGCUGGAUGACUGGGACAGCUGGGACAGGCAGGGGCAGUUUGCGCUCAGCUGUCAGACUCAAUCCUACACUGGCACUUGGGCUGUUUCCUAUCAAGCAGAAAAAGUAAGGAAAUGGAGGAAAGGAUGGACAUGCCUCUGUGUGAUGAGUAUCAUAUAUCUAGAAAAAUUUACUCUGAGACAACUUUCCAGCAGGAAAAUGAGAAGACAGAACUUGUACAAAAAAGUAUUCCUGAAAAAUUGAAAAAUGAGUACAGCUGUACUGCAGCAACAGCUUGUCUAAAGCUCAAGCUGUUUUUUCCAGUCCUUAACUGGUUGCCAAAGUACCGAUUAAAAGAGUGGCUUGUUCAUGAUAUUAUCUCGGGACUAUGUACAGGACUUGUUGGCACAUUACAAGGUUUGGCAUUUGCCUUGCUUGCUGAGGUUCCAGUGGGAUAUGGACUUUAUUCCUCCUUCUUUCCCAUCUUGACCUACUUCUUCUUGGGAACAUCUAGGCACAUUGCAGUUGGACCAUUUCCAGUUAUCUGUUUAAUGGUUGGACAAGUUGUGCUUUCUCUGGCCCCUGAUGAAAAAUUCAUAAUUGCCAAUUCCACAUGGAAUGAAACGCAGAUAGAUUAUGAAGCACGGGAUGCUGCAAGAGUUGUCAUAUCAAGCACUUUGUGCUUCUUAAGUGGAAUAAUACAGCUUGUACUAGGAGCACUGCAGUUUGGCUUUGUUGUCAGAUACCUGGGAGACCCAUUAGUUCGAGGAUUUACCACAGCUGCUGCUUUUCAAGUAUUCAUCUCACAGAUCAAACUGAUUUUCAACAUACCGUCAACAAAUUACAGUGGAGUACUGUCAAUAGUUUAUACAACCAUUGAUAUCUUUGCCAACAUUAGUAAAACAAACUUUGCUGAUCUUACAGCUGGAUUGAUUACUUUAGUGUUAUGUUUAGUUGUGAAAGACUUAAAUGAGAGAUAUAAGCAUAUAAUGCGCAUUCCUAUUCCAAUCGAGGUUAUUUUGGCAAUAGUUGCUACAGGAAUUUCAUAUGGAGUUAACCUGGAGGAGACUUACAAUGUUGCCAUUGUGAAGAAUGUUCCACGUGGCUUCAUACCACCUGUGGCUCCAGACGUCAGCCUUUUUUCACAACUGAUUGUACCGGCUUUCUCCAUUGGCAUUUUAGCAUAUGCCCUUGCUGUUUCUCUGGGAAAAGUUUAUGCUACAAAGUAUAAUUACGAGAUUGAUGGAAAUCAGGAAUUUAUUGCAUUUGGCAUCAGUAAUAUAUUCAGCGGUUGUUUCUCUUGCUUUUGUGCCUCUACCGCUCUGUCUCGUUCUGCUGUACAAGAAAGUACUGGAGGGAAAACCCAGAUUGCUGGCCUAAUUACUGCUGCAGUAGUAAUGAUUUCAUUGCUGUCAAUUGGCACAUACCUGGAACCCCUGCAGAAGUCAGUCUUGGCUGCCAUAGUCAUAUCUAAUCUUAAGGGGAUGUUCUGGCAAGUGGUUGAUAUUCCUCGUUUAUGGAGACAGAACAAGUGGGAUACAGCUAUCUGGCUUUUCACAUGUUUCACAUCGCUGCUUUUGGAUAUUGAUUUGGGAUUAUUGGCUGGGAUAAUAUUUGGACUUUUUACUGUCCUUCUGCGCGUUCAGUAUCCAUCAUACAGUUCUCUGGGAAAUGUUCCCGGUACAGAUAUCUACAAAGAUAUGAAGAAAUACAAAAAUGUUGAUGAACCAGAAGGGAUUAAAAUAAUCAGAUUUUCCAGUGCUAUAUUCUAUGGAAAUGUUGACAGCCUGAAAGAUGGAAUUAAAUCAAUUGUUGGAUUUGAUGCUGUUAGAGUUUUUAACAAAAGAGCAAAGGCACAACGAAAAAUGCACAAACUUCUCAAGAAAAAGCAGUUAACAUCAAGUAAGAAUAGGAUUAAAGGAAAACCUGUUACUGAUGAAGAUUCAGAAUCAGACGAUGACGUGGAUAAUUAUGAUGGAACUGAAAAGAAAGAGGGCAAUGCAAAUUACUUAAAUAUCCAAGUAGACUGGAAUACAGAGUUCCCUGACUGUGUGUCUAUUCCAGUAGUUACAAUACACAGUAUCAUUUUUGAUUUUGGGCAAGUAAGCUUCCUUGAUGUGGUAGCCGUGGAGUGUCUAAAGGGGAUAUUUAAAGAAUUUCAGAGGAUUGAUGUAGAUGUAUACAUAGCUGAGUAUGAUGAUAAUAUUUUUGGACAUUUGGAAAGUUGUGGUUUCUUCAAUGACGCAAUCAAGACAGACCUUUGUUUUCUAACUAUCCAUGAUGCUGUUUUGCAUAUACAGAAGCAGAAGAAGUGUGGCAGUAACCAUAGUGUACUAGACAUGAUAUCACAUUUGCAAGAGUCCAGCCAGCUAGUGGAAAUGAAAGAUUUCAAGGAACUGAGAUCUACAUGAUAUCUGCAAAGUCAGCAGGAAGAGUAUAGAAAUAUGAUGAUACUAAAGACUGCAAACUCUCCAACCCAUACCGGAACCCAGUGAGCUAAUGGUGACUUUCACACUCACCGAGGACCAAUGUGAACUGAAAUCACUAGAAGUAUAAAGAUAUUUCAUAGAGGACUUUUCACAAAUCUGAAAGUGAGCUCCAGUAAUGAAUAAUCAAGGAUGACAACGUGAAGUUAACUUCAGAUGGACUUACUGCAA